AUGCUUCCAUCUCGGAUUCUCGGAUUUUGCGCCAUUGCAGGCCUCAAUCUCAUUUCUUCUGUUUCUGCCUCUGACGGCGACGAUCUUGAAGAAUUCGAAGACUGCCUCUAUCAGUGUAACCAAAUCACAUGUUUCAAGAACCCAUACAAUAUCAUACAGCAAGAAUUCGAGGAGGCCCUAAAACGAAACAACCAUCGCUUCCAUCGCUAUGAGUCCUCGUGGAGGUUCGAAAAAGAUUUGAGCGGCCAUCUCCGAGCCAUGCUUUGGGACUGUGAGUCCAACUGUGACUAUCAAUGUCAACGAAUCAUCACUGCAGAGCGGAAAGCGAAGGGCGAAGAGGUAUAUCAGUUCCAUGGCAAAUGGCCGUUUUUGAGGGUUUUUGGAAUUCAGGAAUUGGCGUCGGCUGUGUUCUCCAUGGCGAACUUCUUCCCCCAUUACAUUGGCUUCUGGGAAGUCAGCAAAACAAUUGAAAAUUUACCCAGUGAGAAAUAUAAUGCAUUGAAGCGGCCUCUUAGAAACGUCCAGUUUGUUGCUUUCGUCACCAUGUGUGCGUGGAUAUUUUCCACAAUCUAUCAUGUCAGAGAUUUCUUGAUCACCGAACGUCUCGACUAUUAUUUUGCGGGUCUCACAGUUCUUUCGGGUUUCUAUGGCAUUGGAUAUCGUUAUUUAAGAUUGUAUCUUCCAACUAGAAGAUUGUAUCUGUUUCUUUUCACCGCAUUGUGCUUCUUAUCUUACUGUGGCCAUGUAUACUAUCUUGUUUCUGACUGGCUGUACACUUACAACAUGAGGGCAAAUAUCGCUGUUGGAAUCUUGCAGAACGUUUUUUGGGCUCUCACAUGCUACUCGUUGUAUUACAGAUAUUAUGCAAUGGAGUCCAAUAACGAAAACUACGACCUGAAGAAGCACCUACAAUACACUCAGGGAAGCACUUUAAUCCUAGGUGAUUUCUACAACCGUUCCGCCAAACUCUUUUCGUUAUAUCCUUUAGCGAUUUGCUCAAUUGUUUUGCUCGGUAUUUCACUUGAAAUUUUCGACUUCCCUCCUAUUUUUUAUGACUUGGUGGACGCCCACUCGUUGUGGCAUCUUGUCACUGCCGUGCCCUCAUACAUGGGGUGGUAUAAAUGGAUGAUUUGGGAUAUUUGCGAAAACGUCUGGGCAGACUUGCUGCCAGUCAAGAAGAAGGAGGAAUAG